GCCCCGGGGGCUGGGAGCCAGCUGGGCCCGCCCAGCGCUGCUCAGAGGUCGCCUGGCCCUUGGACCGCGCCAUAAGCUGCAGGGACCACCGAAAUGCCAUUUCCGUUUCUUUUACAAAGCUAAGAGUAUAGAGCUGAACGCCAGACCGGGAGUUCCCAAGGUCGCAGAGUUGUGUCUGGCUUUUUAUGUAUGUCUGAUGUUUUCUUUCAGUGUUUGCAAAUGGGCUCCUUGUUCGGCUGGGGUACUUAGGAUACAGAGAGGAGGACUCUAAAAAUACUAAUCGGCAUAUCCCAGUACGCUGAUCCGCAUUACGGGCCAGUGACCCCGGCCUUUUAGAGCAAAGCAAGAUGGCAUUAGCUCUGUGUCUGCAGGUGCUCUGCAGCCUGUGUGGCUGGCUCUCGCUCUAUACUUCUCUCUGCCGCCUGAAUAAACACCGAAGCUAUGAGUGGAGCUGCCGGCUGGUUACAUUCACCCAUGGAGUCCUCUCUAUUGGCCUUUCAGCUUACAUUGGCUUCAUUGAUGGUCCUUGGCCUUUUACUCACCCAGGCUCCCCUAAUACACCUCUCCAAGUAUAUGUUCUCUGUCUCACCUUGGGCUACUUCAUCUUCGAUCUGGGCUGGUGCAUCUAUUUCCAAUCUGAGGGUGCCCUGAUGCUGGCCCACCACACACUGAGCAUCCUGGGGAUCAUCAUGGCCCUGGUGCUUGGGGAGUCAGGCACAGAGGUCAAUGCUGUCCUCUUUGGAAGUGAGAUCACCAACCCCUUGCUGCAGAUGCGCUGGUUUCUCCGUGAAACAGGGCACUACCACAGUUUCACUGGCGAUGUGGUGGACUUCCUUUUUGUGGCUCUCUUCACGGGCGUGAGGAUUGGCCUAGGAGCUCACCUCCUUUUCUGUGAACUGGUCUCACCCACUCCCAAGUGGUUUGUGAAGGCUGGGGGAGUGGCCAUGUAUGCUGUAUCAUGGUGUUUUAUGUUUAGCAUCUGGCGCUUUGCAUGGAAGAAAAGCAUCAAGAAGUACCAUGCCUGGAGAAGCAGGUGGAGUGAGGAGUGUCUGCGAAAACAUAAUGGACAUUUCAGGGCACACUAACAGGCUCACUACACAGGAUGGAUUGAGCUGAGUCAGCUGAGAACACAUGGUUGGAGAUGUAGCUGUUAAGUAAUUGUGCUUAUGGCAAACCUAAGUUUCCAAAAAGGGCUAAAAUAUAUUGAUCAGUUUGGUCAGUCUUCAAGCAUAUGCCAGUAUUAAUAUAUCAUGGUCUGCAGUGGCACAGGUGUAGAAAGUAAGAGUUGAGUCAGAACUGUGAGGUGAGUGCUACUGGCAUUUGCUAUAGUUUAUGGUGACCAGUGGGUCCUUUUGACCCUGGAUGGCUCCAUGUUCAGAUGGCUUAGAAAGAACUCAAAAGCGAUCAGUGUUAUGUCUUGUUCCUUUGAGAAGUAAUUCCUUCAACACUUAGCUCCGCCUUCUGUGUGGUAAUGUAUAUAAUUUUGCUCUGCUGACUCUAAACAAAAGGGGUCCUAGGAGGAGAUAUCUCUGGUGUUAGGGGUUGGAUUGGGUUGGAUCUGCAUAAGCAGUUGGGCAAGAAACUGGCAAUAAUUGGGUGUUACUUAAUGAACCUUGCUUUUACUCACUGAUGGACAUUCCGAAGGCCCCAGGUCUGCGAUUCACUGGGAGGACACCAGAGGGCCAAAAAUAUAGCCUUUGAUUUCUUGUAGUGGCAGGAUACAAAUGAGAAAUCAGCCAAGGGAAGAAGCACCUUAAGCAGAGUUCAGAGGGCCCUAGCCACAAUCCUUUCCCAGUUGGAUCAUGCAGGGUAGGCUGAAUUCCUCCAGCAAUGAUUUGUGACAAGCUAUAUGAAGUGUUGUCUACCAGGCAAGGAGGUCGUUACAGAUGAGGCUGGGGACAGCUCAUUUGGGCAGUCUGUGCCUAACACUGUGGGAAACUUCAAGACAUUCAGCAUAAGCCAUAUUUGCACUGACAGUUGAGGCACAGUGAGCCAGUCUUAUCAGUUUCUGGUGGGAGCCCUCCCAAUAUCAAAUUCCCAGAUGCCGGCCAAGGGCCAGCCUUGGAGCAAGCCUGUCCAAGGAUAGCAGUUCAGGCCUGCUGUUAACCCCUUUCUGCAGAGAAACCAUACAGUGUAAGAUGAAUUAGGUGUGGGCAGACGGUUUUACCCAGUCCUGUUGUACGGGUUCUGCCUACCAGGAAAAUGAUGCCAGUUCUCAGGGCUUUUGUGCAUUAAUCUCCUAGGCAUGAGCGGCUAUGACUAAAUUCCAUCGGGAUUUGCCAUGCGGAUUCCACUGUGUUUGGGAUGGCAGUUCAGGUUUCAGCGCUGCUGUAUGCUCUGCAUACAAAAACCAAAGACUUGAAUCUGUGCACUGGCCUCAGGGUGAUGUGGCUCAUUUCCCCAUCUCUCCUUGCCUGUCCCCACCCCCUUUUUUCCCCAUGUAAGAUACAUUCCCUUUUAGUACUCUCACUGCCCUUUCUUCUUUCUUUUAAGGAGGUGCCCCUUUCUGAACAACCUAAUCUGGCAAGGCCAGUUUUGGGAAAAAAAAAAUAAAAUAAAAUGCCAGUGCAGUUAUCUCCAACUUCAUGUAGGAGAAAGAAGAAUAUAAGCUUAGAAUAGGGGCUUAAGGAGGAAGACUUUCUAAAUUCUUUUAUUUAAU